UGUUCGCAAUGUGACAUACCCUCGGCUGCGCUCCGUGGAUAUGCGGCUCCGUCUGCAAACCACGUGACCCUGCCAGCUUCCCCCCCCGCGUCCUUCGUUCAGCAUGAUGGCUGCGGAUGCUGCUCUCUGCCGCAUCCUGCAUCCUCUCUUUAUCCUCUUCCUCUCAUGGUUUGCAGCUCCCGCCUUGGCUCUGCUCGGUGUCCGUCCAGAGGACACCCAAAGCGGCGAGCUGUCCGUGCAGGACGGAGUGCUGAGAGCCACGGAGGGGACUCGCUUCGUUUUGAGGGUUUACUACACGGAGCAUACCCGCGUGAACCGGAGCGGGGAGGCCGGUGCGGCUACCGCCGCACCGUGGAUCGCCUUCAUUGAGGAACCGGAGCGGGAUGCGGGACGCUCCAGGGGGAACCCGUGUGAGGUGGAAAGCGCCCGGAGUUCUGACAUUGAGCUGCUGGGCUCGUUUAGAUCCGCCUCCAGCCACAACUCGGUGCUCGUGGAGCUUCUCGCCAAGCACCUGCGCCGAGGCGAGGCGGUCAAGUACUAUUCCAUGUGCGCAUUCGACGGCGUCAAAUGGGAGCACUUUGACACGAGAGACUUUUGGCUGGCGGUGGUAGAGAGACCCGCCGAAGCGGACGCGUGGCUGCAAGCCGGCGUGUCCGUGCUGCUCUUGGGGCUCUCGGCACUUUGUAGCGGGCUCAACAUCAGCAUGCUGGCGCUGGACCCCGUGGAGCUCCGGGUACUGCAGAACAGCGGCACCGAGAAGGAGCAGAAGUACGCACGGAACAUCGAAUCCGUGCGCAAACACGGCAAUUAUAUCCUGUGCACCGUAGUGUUGGGUAAUGUCCUCACCAACACUUGCUUCGUGGUAUGGAUGUGUCAGAUUUUGGGAAUGACUGCGCUUUCCACUGCAUCCUGCACUUUGGGGAUUUUCUUCAUUGGGGAGAUUCUGCCUCAUUCGGUGGCGUCCCGGCACAGCCUCGCCAUCGCGUCCAAGACCCUGUGCGCCACACGGCUCCUCAUGCUCCUCUUCCUGCCCAUCGCCUACCCGGUCUCCAAGAUCCUGGACUCCCUGCUCCACCAGGAGAUCUCGAGCUUCUACACGCGGGAGAAGCUCGUGGCCAUGCUGCGCGUCACUGACCCGUACCACGACCUGGUCAAGGAGGAGCUCAACAUCAUCCAAGGAGCUCUGGAGUUGCGGACCAAGACAGUGGAGGAUGUUCUCACUCCUCUGUCCGACUGCUAUAUGCUGUCCUCGGACGCCGUGCUGGACUUCAGCACCAUGUCUGACGUGAUGCAGAGUGGCUUCACCAGGAUCCCGGUGUACGAGAACGAGCGGUCCAACAUCGUAGACAUCCUGUUCGUCAAGGACCUGGCUUUCGUGGACCCCGACGACUGCACCCCACUCAAGACCGUCACCGAGUUCUACAAGCACCCCAUGCACUGCGUGUUCAACGACACCAAGCUGGACGUGAUGCUGGAGGAAUUCAAACGAGGCAAAUCCCACCUAGCUGUGGUGCAGCGGGUCAACAACGAAGGCGAGGGUGACCCCUUCUAUGAGGUGAUGGGCAUCGUCACCCUGGAGGACGUCAUCGAAGAGAUCAUCAAGUCUGAAAUUGUGGACGAAACAGAUCUUUAUACUGAUAAUCGCACCAAAAGGCGAGUAUCGCACCACGAGAGGAAACAGCAGGACUUUUCCAUCUUCAAAGUAGCAGAAAAUGAACUGAAUGUGAAGCUCUCCCCUCAGUUGUUGCUUGCAACACAUCGCUUCUUGGCUACAGAGGUGGAGCCGUUCAGGCCGUGUCACCUGUCAGAGAAGAUCCUGCUCCGUCUCAUCAAGCAUCCCAGUGUGGUGCAAGAACUCAAGUUCAACCCCAAGAACAAACACGCUGCGCAGCACUACCUCUUCCAGAGGAACAAACCCGUCGACUACUUUGUCCUCAUCCUGCAGGGACGGGUGGAGGUAGAGAUUGGAAAGGAGGCCCUCCGCUUUGAGAACGGAGCAUUUUCCUACUACGGCAUGCCAGCCCUCAUCCCACCCCUGCCGAUCGGACAGCGAUACAACUCUCGCAGCAGUGGUCUGAACCAAUCAGACUCGCUGCUGAGCGGCGGCAGUGUUGGUCAGCUUUCAUCGGGAGGGCUCUACUUACCGGACUACUCGGUCCGACAGCUCACAGACCUACAAAUAAUCAAGAUACUCAGGACACACUACCAAAACGCCCUGACGGCCACACGGAUGGACAGCUCCCCGCAGACGCCAGACCCGGUAGAUGCAGAUGCUAAAGGGAGGCUGCCCGUCGUGGAGGCCCGCUCCCACAGCAUCGCUCUCCCCCUCACCAGCGCCCACACCCGCCUAGGAUUAGCGCGGCUAGCUCAGCUGCAUCCCCACGUGGGCCUUCGCAACACCUCCAGGCUCAAUCAGAGAAAUCGAAUAGUUCGCAGCAAAUCUGAUGGCCAGCGGAGUCCCAAUGACAGCGUGUUUCUCCGGAUGGAUGAGAUUCCCUUCAUCCAGAAGAUCGACCAGAGAAUUAUGAGAAAAACGACGUGCCUAUAGACUCUCAGCCAUCCACCUCUCCUUAUAUCAGCUCUCGCUCUCUGUCCAGCUCUGGAGAACGUAGGGAAAGAGGAGAAGCUCGGGAAAGAGCUGCCUGCGUAAUUGAGUGAGUGAAACACUGCUAUGAACACAUCAAGGAAUGCGUGUCUCCUCUAACUGGUUGUGUCAGACUUGGCAACUGUGCCUGGCGUAGCUUAGCAACAGAUGAGGGGUUACUGCGAUGGUUACUUACAGAUGCUAAGCUCCCUGUUGGCGCCAGAAUGACAUGACUCAUUUAUUUAUUAUUUCAUUUGGAUCAAGGGAUGUUUGUGUGUUGUAUGAGACAAUGAGACUCGGGAGGUCUGAUUGUAUCACACGCGCCUAAAAUGAUGGCAGGUGAGUGUGGAACCCCAAAUGCAUUUGACCACAUAUGUUCCACUGCAUUUUGUUUUGGUUCAUACCAUAGUUACCGUAAUUGACCUGAAAGGAACAAUGACUAAUGCCGAUGGGAACCUUUUGUUUGCCUCUAAAUGUCAACAUGUUAUCCUUGUUACCAGGUAACAAGAGGAGGAAAAAGUCUCGGGAUGGAGAAAAGAGCUUGGAGGAAGGUCUGGAGCAGCCUCCAGUGACAAGCUAGCGCACCUCUUAUUUAUUUUUACCUUCCUUAUCCAGCUGGCCCUGUCACGUAAACUCCCUGGAUGCCUGGGCACCUCCCUCCAGGAGCCAAUAUCAUCAUUGUUCUAUACUUACCGAUGCGCUCAGGUCUCCACGGGUACUCUGUCCCAAAUCUGCCUCCCUUCACACACUCCUUCUGUGAUUGAUACAAAAAGGGAAUGGGGGGGCUUGAAUUGAAAAUUCCCAAUAGCAAUACAUUGGAUUAAUCAGCCUUAUGUGGUGAGAACUAAAGCCUCUGAUACGCCUUUCAAAGUGAGCUGGUGCCAGUGCUGGUUGGGUCCAUGAGUUAGUGCCAGAAUUUGGCGAUUUAAUAUGGCCACUAGGGACCUUUGCUUGUCCGUGUAUUGAGAUAGAAGCCUUCCCACCAGUUGGGACAAUUCCAAUGACUAUUUGUGUAGUGAUAUGCAAAGGCUGAAUCAAGACUACUGUUUCACCUUGAAUCUGAAAUGUUUCUACAGUUAGUUGUUUUAUUUGUUGUUGCUGGGUAUCCCUGGUGAAUGAGCGCCCGACAUACCAAACGGUUGCUCAGCUACCAAAUGGAA